AACCUGGUGACCCUGGAGAGAAGGGCUUAGCUGGACCACCUGGACAGAGAGGCAUCCCAGGCAUGGAUGGCAGAGAUGCCUAUGGUCCUGAAGGAAGCAAAGGAGCAAAGGGAGAAUCUGGAUUCAUAGGAUAUCCUGGUCCAGAGGGAGAAGAAGGAGAUCCGGGCAUUCCAGGAGCUGAAGGACCCAAAGGAAUUAGGGGUAGAAGAGGUAAUUCUGGCAUACCAGGUUCCUCGGGAGAUCCAGGUGACCAAGGGCCAUCAGGACCCAUGGGUGCCAAGGGGCCAAUGGGCACCAUUUUAAUGGAACCUUGUGAACUUGUGAAUUUUACCCGAAAAAACUGCCGUAAGUGGGGAACAUCUUUUACCUCUGAUUUUGCCUAG